CCUUCUCUGCUAAAAUGGAGCAGUGAGAAGAAACCCCACUAAGAUAGGACUGGAAAUACUCUUAGAUCACCAAGUUCCCCCCCAACCUGCUAUCAGAGGCAUCAUGUUUUACAACCGCUUACAAUUUAUAAUCUGUCAAAAAAACAUAAAUGUGCUUUUUCUUCUCAACAUUUCUACCGGAAACUCAUGCUCCUCUGACUGUUAAUACUCUCCUAAUUUCUGCCCCCACGAACAAAAUUUACUUUUCACUCAUCUGAUUUUAUGCAACGAUGUUUUUCAAUGUAUAUAGCUCCUUGCUACUCAUCUCCAUUAUGUAUUUAUAGACGGUCCUUAUCUUCUUUCACUAAAAAAAAUUCCAAUCUCUAUUUUGCUCUUGCAAGAUGGGCCUUCCAUUUACAUGUGUUUUUAAUUCAUUUUUAACUUGCACCACGCACACCAAAAGAAAAUAAACUUUCCUUAUGCUAAAAGGGAGAGCAAAGAAGACAACUUUUGAUUGUUUUGGGAUGUAGAAGGCUUCUCUAUCUGUCUCUAAAUACUCUAUUUUUUCCAGUUCAAAUGCCAGUGCAAUCAAUAAUAUUAACUUCUUUCUAGGGUCCCAGGUACCUGUUAUUCUAGUAUGACUUUUUAUAUGCAGCCAAGAUUAGUUCAAUCUAACUUCUAUUGUCAAAAUAACACCCAGCCAUAGCCAAUUUUGUCUGUGUUGUUAAUUUUUUUCUCAGAUGUGGUUGUCCUACCUUUGAAGUCCAUUGGUAGUAAGACCACUGUUGCACUGGUCAGCAUAUCUGGACUAGAUUUUUGAGCUUCCACAUUCAGCAUACUGCAAGAAAGCUGGUGACUCCAAAACCUAUUGAAAGAGCUGAGGAGGGAUCGCUCAUCUGUAUGUAUUCAGGUCACUAGGACCACUGGAAAAAAAUGUUUCCUACCUGUCUCCUCUUAGCCAGAGCUGGAUUGUCAAAUGGAGAUACUGUUAGCAAAACACAGGGGCCCAAAGUGCCUAUCUCUGCCAGGCUCAGUUACAGCUGGAAAAGAAUAUUGGGAGGUCUGUUAGAAAAAAAGAGGCAUCUUGGACAGACUCUCUCUUCCUCUCCCCUUUCUCUCUGUCACCUCACAAAGAAGUGACCUUUUAAAAUUUCUUAUCUAGAAGCUUCAGUUUAAAGAGCUGCUGACGUCUCUUGGAAAACACUGAAAAGCUCUUCUGAAACAGUGCUGCUGCUCCCUGUGUCCUGGGUCCCUUUCUUCCCUCUUUCUCUUUCAUUGCUAGAUACAUUUGCAUUAGAAAAGGCAGUUUGUCUGCAGCUUCUCGUUUGCUGAAGUCACAGCCUGAUUUAUAGCAUCAGUAAAUAGCUGUUGUUGCAGCCCAACCACUCACAGCAUCUUCUGAACUGGUAGGAUGGCCAGUGCAGAAGUGACCGGACAAGAUGUCCCUCAGCAGGACAGAAUUUGGGACUGAGGAAGGAAAAGCUGAGUGGGUUUCAUGUUCUUGAAGCUGUCAAUAUCUAGGCAGAGUAAGUUUGAGGGAUUCAUUUGCCUUGCCAAGACUCUUCUGGUGUGACCCGUAGAUCUGAAGUUUCCCAGCAGCUAGAGGUUGUGUCCUCAGAAAACUCAUUCUGAAGCUGAGGAACUUUGGACCUUUGGCCAAGAAGGUUGGACUUCCAUGUAUUUCAACUCUGACCAACCAAAUUGUCUUAGACAGACUUCUGUGUGCCAGUCUGAAGGGAAGGGUUGUGUGUCUUCUUCCUACCUGUGAGGGAGGAAUAUUAAUCCAGUAAUACAUUUUAGGGCCAGAGGAAAUCAGUGCCCCUUCUUGUCUUGUUAGGCUUCUUGCAAAAACUAACAUGACUGAAGUAUGGCUGAUCGAAUGACUGUAGAUAAAGCAGGAUAUUCCAGGCUGUUUCAUUCCUACCGAUAUCCAGCUGUUGAUGAUGUGCAAAAGAAGGACAACCACAGGCUGGCUUGUACUAGCAAGAGUGCAGACAGAAAAACAAGGUAAGUGCCCUAUUUUUGGCAUUUUUGAGAUCACAUUCAGAGUACCGUAUCCCGUCUGAGUAUCUUCAGUGCAUGAAAAGCAUUGACAUACUGAAACAAGUCCAGCAGAGGCCACUGAGUUGACCUCAGGAGGCAGGAAAGAUCAUAUGAAAGGGCUUUGGUUCCAGUGCAGGAUGGUUGUACCACUUGAAGCAAAAUACUGGAAGCACCAGUGCCAGUGGUGACCACAGGAAAGGAGAAACCACUCAUCAGGAUAGUAGCAUAGCUGUAAUUAAAGCACGUUUUAAUUGCUCUGCAUCACUAGGCACUGGGAGCUCUCUGCUAAACACUGUGGUGAGUUUUGUCAUCCACUGAAUUUACUGAUGGUAAUUUUGUAUUUCCUUCACAAUUCUUGCAAAAAUAUGGAAUAGCAUUGGGCUAUAUAUGAAACCUCACCCUGGAACCUGCCUCAUAAACAACUACAGGAGGCCAUCUGUAGAGCUGCUCAGAAACCAUGGACCAGAUAAAGGCAGUGCUAGGCACCCAGAGAAGAGGACUGAGGGCCAGCUGCUGGAAGGUAACCAUUGCUGCUGCCGUGGUGGGCAGCGUGACAGCUCUCUACCUGGGGAUCCUGCUGGCCUGUCAUCCUGCGGGAGAGACCAGCUUUGAGCACACAGUGGAGCUGCAAGGAAUCGCAUUCAAUAGCAGCUUACAGAUGGAGAACUCGGAUUACUACAGGGUGCUGACGCCUGCUCUUGAGAGGCUGUUUCUGUCCAGUUUCCAGGACUCCCAGCUGGACUGGAGCUGCACUGGUUGCACCAUCCUGGGCUACAGCAGGAAUGGAAACUCAAGUGUCAUCGUCCACUUUCGCCUCCGCUUUGCCCCCCAGGAUUCCCAGCCCCUGAGCUCUACCAUGGAGAAGGAAGCGCUCAGGCACGGGCUGGCAGCUGCCCUGCACAAGCAGGGUCUCUCCCUGGCUGCCUAUGGGACGAUAUCCUCAGCUUCUCUUACAGGUCCCAGUGAGGUUUCUCCCUACAGACCUGGACUGAAAUCAGGGAGCUGCCCUGGAGACACGUUCACUUGCUGCAAUACCCAGUGUGUGUGGAAAGAAAACCCUGAAUGCGAUGGCCAAAAAGACUGUGCCGAUGCCCCUGAUGAAAGGGGCUGUGACUGCGGGAGCCGCCCUGCCAUGCAGACUGCCAGCAGGAUAGUUGGAGGCUCAGAGGCAUCCAGAGGGGAGUUCCCGUGGCAAGUCAGCCUGCGAGAGAACAACGAGCACUUCUGCGGUGCUGCAAUCCUCGCAGAGAAGUGGCUGGUGUCUGCCGCUCACUGCUUUACUGAGUUUCAGGAUCCAGCCAUGUGGGCAGCUUACACGGGGACCACCUCCCUCAGAGGCUCAGACAGCAGCACAGUGAAAAUGGACAUCGCACGCAUCAUCCCACACCCCUCCUACAAUCCUGACACAGCUGACUAUGAUGUGGCCGUGCUGGAGCUGAAGAGACCUGUGACCUUCACUACGUACAUCCAGCCCGUGUGCCUGCCAGAUGCUGGGCAUCACUUCCCCACCAGCAAGAAGUGCCUUAUCUCUGGCUGGGGCUACCUCAAGGAGGAUUUCUUAGUGAAACCUGAGUUCCUGCAGAAAGCAACAGUGGAGCUGCUGGACCAGACACUGUGCUCCAGCCUCUACAGCCAUGUCCUCACAGACAGGAUGCUGUGUGCUGGCUACCUGGAGGGGAAAAUCGACUCCUGCCAGGGUGACUCCGGUGGGCCCCUGGUUUGCCAAGAACCAUCUGGCAAGUUUUUCCUGGCAGGAAUUGUGAGUUGGGGAAUUGGAUGUGCUGAAGCCAGGCGGCCCGGGGUUUACACACGUGUUACCAAACUCAGAAACUGGAUCUUGGAUGCUAUUUCUGCCUUCCCCAGCUCCAUAGCCCAUACUGUCCCUCUAAAACACACCAGUACUAAUAGUAACAUGGUCAGCUCUGAAAAGAUAAACACCACCACUACCGGAGCAAUCCCCACCACUUCACCAGACCCAGCUGCCAGCAACCCAGUGACUGCAUCAAGACCACAAGAGUGUGGAGGACGACCUGGGUUCUCUAAACCCAGCAAGAUCGUGGGAGGAACAGAUGCUUCCAGAGGAGAGAUCCCCUGGCAAGUCAGCCUGAAAGAAGACUCAAGCCAUUUCUGUGGAGGCACCAUCAUUGGGGACCGCUGGCUGCUGUCAGCAGCUCACUGCUUCAAUGAGACAAAUCCAGAAGAGAUCGAAGCCUAUGUGGGAACAACAUCACUAAAUGGAACAGACGGGAAUGCAGUGAAAGUCAAUGUAACAAGAGUGAUCCAGCAUCCCCUCUUCGACCCUAUUAUUCUGGACUUUGAUGUGGCUAUACUUGAGCUGGCAAGACCUCUUGUCUUCAGCAAAUACAUCCAGCCUGUCUGUCUCCCACUUGCUGUGCAGAAGUUUCCUGUUGGCAAGAAAUGCAUAAUUUCUGGGUGGGGUAACCUCCAAGAAGGGAACGUCACCAAGCCUGAGAUCCUACAGAAAGCCUCUGUGGGCAUUAUAGACCAGAAGACCUGCAACUUCCUCUACAACUUCUCCCUCACUGACCGAAUGAUCUGUGCUGGCUUCCUAGAGGGGAAGAUAGACUCAUGCCAGGGAGAUUCAGGUGGACCCUUGGCCUGUGAGAUGACCCCGGGAGUGUUUUAUCUGGCUGGCAUCGUGAGCUGGGGAAUUGGUUGCGCCCAGGCUACGAAACCUGGUGUGUACUCCAGAAUUACCAAACUCAAAGACUGGAUCCUGGAUACCAUCUCACAGUUGCCCAGUCCUGGCACAGGCACCCCUUCCAGUUCAGCCAUCAUGAGAACUUCUACUGCAGCCAUCCUUACUCGCCAGCCCAGCACAACACCUGCAAGUCCAAUCAACAGAACCACCCUGGGGAUGAAGACAAUCACAACCAUGAAAGAAACCUCCACAGCUCUGGAAACCACUGAGCCUGCCAAGCCCACCCAAACCCCAGUGGUGCCUUGUACUAGCCUCACCUUCAAGUGUUCCAGCAAGGUCUGUAUUGGAAAAGAAAAUCCUGAAUGUGAUGGCAUUGUUGACUGCAGCAACGGCUUUGAUGAGCACAACUGCGACUGUGGCUUAACAACUGCUCUGGCCUUCAGCAAGAUCGUGGGUGGCAGCACUGCGGCUCGAGGAGAAUGGCCCUGGCAAGUCAGUCUCUGGCUUCGGCAGAAGGAGCACAAGUGUGGGGCUGUCCUCAUUGCUGACCGAUGGCUGCUCUCUGCGGCUCACUGCUUCGAUAUUUACAGUGACCCCAAAAUGUGGGUGGCCUUUCUAGGAACACUCUUCCUGAGUGGCAUCGAUGGCAAAAUGGAGAAAAUAUUCCGUAUCUACAAGCACCCUUUUUACAACGUCUAUAGCCUGGACUACGAUGUGGCACUGCUAGAGCUGAACAUGCCCAUCAAGUUCAGCAACACGAUCAAACCUAUAUGUCUCCCAGACAAUUCACACAUCUUCCACGAAGGAGCCAGAUGCUUCAUCACAGGCUGGGGCUCCACGAAGGAAGGAGGUGUCAUGUCAAAGCAUCUGCAAAAAGCAGCAGUGAACAUCAUCGGAGACCAGGCCUGCAAAAAGUUCUACCCUGUCCAGAUCAGCAGCAGGAUGGUGUGUGCCGGUUUCCCACACGGCACCGUCGACAGUUGUUCAGGUGAUGCAGGUGGGCCCCUGGCAUGUAAAGAACCCUCAGGAAAGUGGUUUCUAGCAGGAAUCACAAGCUGGGGCUAUGGCUGUGCCAGGCCAUACUUCCCUGGUGUCUACACCAAAGUCACAGCUGUCCAAGGCUGGAUUGCACAGAACCUCAAGCUCUGAAGCUGCAUUUCACCACUCAGGGAAGGCGAUGAAUGAGAGGAGUAAUUGCCAGAGGAUGCACUAACCCCUCAGCUAUUGUACAUUUUUUUUGUUGCUGCAAAGUGGUGAAGAUGGCCUGCAGGUAUUAAGCAAAUGCCAGUGUUGUGUGACCCACUGCAGUUGUGACAUCAGGGCAUUUGAUAACUGCUUUGCAUAGACAGGUACAAUUCUAGACAUUUUCUAUAAAUAAAUGAGGCCUGUCCCAUCUUAAGACCUGGCCAAACACCCUUCGCAUUAAAAUGUGGCCUUUCUAGUUGGAGAGGUGCCUGAAGCACUGCCAGAGAUUCAUGUAGUUUGGCUGACCUCUGUCUAUGAGCUGUCAUUCUAAAGCCAAGCCAGGAGACAAGUGAACUUUGCCCCAGCUGAGUUAUGCCCUUGCAGAAGCCUCAGACCUCACUGCCUUGAUGGAGCUGUUAUGUUGUGCAAUGGCUUUUGGAAAGGGUAUGCUACUGUUUCCACUCAAUGCUUGGUACUAGUAAGCUCAGUGAUGAUCCCCUGGCUCACCAUUUGAUCACACGAGAAGGUAGGACUAAAACACUUAGACCACACAGGCCCUCAUCUGUAUUAGAGAAUCAGGACAGGCUUCUCACCCCUGCGCCAAGCUCCCAGGUCCCUUUGCAUAAGGGAACUGGUAGUUAAAUUGACAAAGAUUAAGGCAUAGCCACACAGACCACUGUUCUGGUUAAGCUAGGUGGGAAAAUUUCAAAGUGCUGAGAUAGUGGCCCAAG